UGCUCGUGGUUUCAUUCUCUCUCUCUCUCUCGCCUUUUUAUUUGUGUUCUUACAUUCUUGCUCUUAGAAAAAUAUGGCUCAGCAGAAGGUGGUCCUCAAGGUCAUGACUAUGACUGAUGACAAAACAAAGCAGAAAGCCAUUGAAGCGGCCGCUGAUAUAUUUGGGAUUGAUUCAAUAGCAGCAGAUCUAAAGGACCAAAAGCUAACCGUGGUAGGGAUGAUGGAUCCAGUGGCAGUGGUGAAGAAGUUAAAGAAGGUAGGGAAAGUGGACAUAAUAUCAGUUGGCCCAGCCAAGGAAGAGAAAAAGGAAGAGAAGAAAGAGGAGAAAAAAGAGGAAAAGAAAGAAGAGAAAAAGGAGGAGAAGAAGGAGGAGAAAAAAUGAAAAAGCCAAAGUUUUUUUUUAAUAUCUCUCAUGGUAAAUUUUCUCCUACUUACAAGAAGGAAAGCAGUAAGUUUUCUAUGAUGUAUGGGCAAUGUAUGAGUUUAUUUAAAUUUAUUGGCGAAGUAAUUAAGAAAAAAAAAAAGUGCAAAUGGAUUUAAUUUGUAAGUGUUGAGAGAUUGAGAAGCAAAUUGGCUUUGGUGGUGGUGAGGAGAGGAGGUGAUAAGAUCGUCGAUUUUGUCAUCUUUGAAAUGAAGAAAAAAGCGCACAGAAUAAUAUAUUAUUGUUGGAUGGCAAUAGCAUGAUAUUUUGUGGCGCCUACUAAAGCCAAGAUAUAGACAUGCCUCAUGCAAUGCACUCACUUGAAAAAGGAAUUACAUAAAUACAAAAAUAAUCGUUCCAUUCAGAA